AUGAAAAAAUAUAUUUAUAUUAUUAGUUUGGCUGCAAUUUUUAUUUCCUUCGAUAUAAUUUGUGCAAUCAAAAUUGAGGAAAAUAAAAAUAAAAAUGCCCCAAAGUUAAACAAUUAUAAUCCAUACCAUAAUUUAAAAGAAAGUGAUUUUGAUAAUUCAAAUCUUUCAAAUGAAAAACAAUAUGAUAAUGAAAAUAAUUCCAUUAAUAAUGAAAACAAUUCCAUUAAUAAUGAAAAAUAUAUACAGCCACAUUCAAUAAAUAACAAUUUCCUUCAAAAUAAAAAAGAUAUAAACAAUACAAAACUCACAUUGUAUAAUGAAUAUAAUAAGACAAAUAAUAUUGAUAAUUUUAGAAAUUUUAAUCAUGAACAUGAAAAAACAAAUAACAGAUUAAUUGAAAUUAAUAAUUCCUUUUUACAAAUAACCGCUAUAUCUGAAAUAAAUAAAGACACGUUAGAUACGGUCGAUAUUAUAUAUGGUGUAAAUGAUAAUGAAAGCGUAUUGUUUUUUUAUAAACCUCUAUAUUCUGUUGAAUAUAUUAAAAAAAUGUUAAAUAAGUUAAAUAUAGUUCAAACCAAUGAUCAAGCUAAAAUAAAGAAAAGUUAUGAUAUUGUUCUUAAUGACGUCACACAAACAAACGCGUCAUGUUAUUCUGAAAAAACUGAAUUAAUAAAUAAAUUGAGCAAUAUACACAAUCCUUUUUAUAAUUUUUAUAAUGACCCUUCGAAGGAUGAGUAUAAUUUAUAUAUAUCAUCAAAAACAAAAUUUGUAAAUUGUUUAAAAAAUGGAUUUGAAAAAAUACAAAAUAAACCAAAUGAUAUUAUUUCAGAUGAAGAAAAGAUGUAUAAAGAGAAAUGUAAAAAUAGUAAAAUACUCAAGAAUAAUACUCAGAACAAUUCUGAAUUUUGUAAAAAUGUGAUGCAUCUCAAUUCAUCACGUAAUAAAAAUUGGGACGUUCCCCAAGAUAAAGAAAUAAUUCCAUUUAUAGAUUUUCUAAUAACCGAAUUAAAAAAAAACAAUAAUUUAAAUACUCUUGUAACAAAACUAGAAUUUAUGAAAAAACAAAUCGAGGAUAUUAAAAAUAAACACGAUAAACACAUAAAAAUAUGUAAAAAAGAAGAGGAUAUUGUGAAAAAAUGUACCAACACCAUUAUUGAUAAUAAUAAUUGUGAUAAACAUUUUAAUGAAAUUAAAAAAAUAUCCGAGUCAUAUAGUAUUUUAGAUUAUAAUUAUACAAUUAUAGAAAAUUUAGAAUCAGUAAAUAUUACAUAUAAGGAGUCCUUAGUAUACUUUUUUAAUUCACUAGGGAAAUUAUUAAUAAACAAAGUCGAUCCAGAUGGAACUAUAAUAGAAGAAGAUGAAAUUUAUAAUUUUAAUUUGUCGAAACCACAAACUACAUUCAAAUCAUUAGAAGAUGAAUUUCUUCAAAUAUUUGAAAAAAAAUGGGAUUUUUAUAAAAAUAAACAAAAUCUUGAUAAAUCCAAAGAUAUAAUGAAAAAUACAAUACCAUUAAUUUUACCACUUAUGGAUAAAUUUACAAAUUUAAAUAAGUCUAUGGUACAAUUAAAAAAUAAUGGAAUUUUUAAAAAAUAUACAAUUAGUACUCAAAUCAAAAAUAAAUUAAAUGUAUCAACUUAUCCCGAAAGAGAGGAAGGUUUUUUAUCUUCCAUAGAAUUAGCAAAAAGUUGGGAAAAAGAAAAGCAGGAAAUAAUAAAGAAAUUAACCGAAGGAAUAGAAGAAACUGUUCAAUUGGAAAAAGAAAUUAGAGACUUAUUUAAAAAAUAUUUAGAUGAGGUGGCUGAAAAGAAAUAUGUAGAAGACUUAAAAUUAGAAUUAAAUAACAAAAUAAAAGACAUAACUGAGAAAAUUAAAUUUGUUAAAAAAGCAGUUGACUUAAAGAAAGAAAUUGAAAAAGACAUCGUAUAUAUUGAUGAAUUAGCUAAGCAACCACCAUAUCAAAUUACGGAAUAUAUAGAAAAAAAAAAUACAAUAUAUGAUACAAUAAAAUCAGAUAUCAAACAAAUUUAUGUAGAUGAUAUUGACCAACUUUACAAUGAAAUGUCUUCUGUACUUCAAGAAAAUACCAUUGAUAAUAUAGAAAAUAAAGCAGAACUUGUAACUUUAAAAACGAAAAUAGAUAAUGUAUAUAAUAAAAUCCAAAACAUGAAAAUUGAAGUAGUUGAACCACAUAUAAAGAAUGUAGAAACUAACAAAAAUAAACUAUCAGAAACAAUUUUAGAUAUAAAAAAAUAUAUAUAUGGAGAGAUUGACAAAGAUCUAAAUAAAACGUUAGAUGACUUUAAAAAUAAAGAAAAAGAACUAUCAAAUAAAAUAGAUGACUACACUAAGGAAAAUGACCAAUUAAAUGUAUAUAAAUCUAAAAUGUUAGAAAUCAGAAAACAUUAUAAUGAUCAAAUUAAUGUAGACAAUACAAAGGAAGAAGAGGCAAAACAAAACUAUGGACAAUUCGAAGAACAUAUGAAAACAAUAUCAACUAACGAAGAUGAAAUAUCAAAAGCCAUCAAUGAGAUAAAACGUAUGAAAGACGAAAUCUUAAGUAAAGUAGAUAAAUAUAUUAAUUUUGACAAUACUUAUAAAGAAAAUGUUAAUUUAGAGCACACCCAAUUUACCAAAUUAAUAGAUAAAAUAAAAGCAGAAGUUUCGGAUGAAAAAUUAAGCAAACAUGAAAAAAGUUUUAAUGAUAGUAAAUCUUUAAUUAAUGAAACAAAAAAAUCCAUUGAAGAUGAAUACCAAAACAUUAAUACCCUUAAAAAGGUAGAUGAGUAUAUAAAAGUAUGUAAAAGGACUAAAGAGUCAAUAACAAAUUUUCUUAGUAAACAAACUACAUUGAAAGAGAAAUUAAAUCAAAAUAUUAAUACCAUAAAAGAAACUGAUUCAAUAGAAAAAUCUUAUAAAGACCAGUUUGAAAAUAGGUUGAUCAAUAAAAUUAAUGAGUUAGAUAAAAAAUUUAAAGAUGCCUCUUUAAAUGAUCACGAAUCAAAUAACAAUGGAUUAAUGGAAUAUUUCAAUAAUUUAAAGGCAAAUUUAGGAAAAAAUCAAGAAAAAACGUUAUAUCACGAAUUCGAUGAAAAAGAAAAAGCCGUUAAUAAUAUUAUACAAACAAUCGCAGACAUAAAUAAAAAUAUUUCAAAUAUCGAAAUAGAAAUUUAUACGUCCAUUUAUAAUAUUAGUGAAGAAAUAGAAGAUGAGAUCGGAAAAAAUAUAAAAUUACUAAAUACUCAAGUAAUUAAUAAGGUAAAUGAAAACGUAACCAAUUUGAAUGGAAUAAAGGAAAAAUUAAAACGUUAUAAUUUUCUCGAUUUUGGGAAAGAAGGAAAUAUAAAAUAUGCUGAUAAAAUUAAAAAAAUUAAUGAUGACAUUAAUAAUGUAAACCAACAAAUCGAUCGACAUAUAAAUGAAUUAGAGGAAAUAAAAAAAAAAUCAGAAAGCCAUAUUGACGAAAUAAAAGGACAAACAGAUAAAUUAGAAAAAUUAACAGAUAAAAACACAUUUAACGAGGAUCCCAAGGAAAUUGAAAAAAAAAUAGAAAAAAUUGUGACAAAAAUAGACAAAAAAAAACAUAUAUAUAAGGAAAUGAAUAAAUUAUUAAAUGACAUAUCAGAAAUAGAAAAAGAUAAAACUUCGUUAGAAAAAUUAAAAUAUAUAAAUUUGUCAUAUGGAAAAAGUUUAGGUAAUAUGUUUUUGGAACAAAUUGAUGAAGAAAAGGAAAAGGCUAAACAUACGAUAAAAGCAAUGGAAGAAUAUAUGGAAGACCUUGAUAAUAUAAAAAAAAAAUCAGAAGAAAUAGAAAAGGACAUGAAGAUAAAAAUGGACAUAAAUAAGGAAAUGGAAGUGCUUAAAAUAUCACAUGAUGACGACAAAAAUUAUCACACUAUUAGUAAGAAUCAUGAAAAAAUUAUUUCUGAUAUUCGUGAUAAAUCUUCAAAAAUAAUAGAAGAUUUUUCUGAGGAAUCAGAUAUAAAUGAUAUUAAAAAGGAGUUACAGGAAAAUGUUUUAGAAUCCAAAAAUAAUAAUACUGAUAUUAAUCAAUAUUUAAGCAAAGUUGAGAACAUAUAUAAUAUCUUAAAAUUAAAUAAAAUUAAAAAGAUUAUUGAUAAAGUAAAAGAAUAUACUGAUGAAAUCGAAAAGAAUAAUAAUAACAUAAAUACUGAAUUAAGUAAUUCAGAAAAAAUAAUUACAAAAAUAAAAGAAAAUUCAAGUUUAACAGAAUGUCAAUCAAAAAUAAAAUCAACUAUAGAUGAUAAUUAUGUUAGUAAAUGUAUAAAGAAUAUUACAGAUUUAAAAACUUAUAUUUUAAACGAAGAAAAUAACAUCAACACUUAUUUUAAAAAUGCCGAAAAGUAUAAUGAAAAUGUAUUAUUAAACUUUAAUAAUAUAGAAAUGGGUGAUACUAAAUCACAAUAUAUAUUAAACAUUAAAAAAAAUAAAGGCACUAAUAGCAAUGAUUAUAAUAUCAACGAAUUGAAAGAACAUAAGAAGAAGUCUAAUGGUUAUAAAGAAGAGGCUGAUAAAAAUACAAAAGCAACCAAACAAAAUAAGGAAUCAUUUGAAAAAUAUAAACAAGAUGUAACUGUACUUUUAAAUAAAUAUUAUGCAGUAGAAUUAAAAAAUAAAUUUGAUAAAGCAAAAAAUGAUUCAGAACAAAUCAUAAAAGAAAUAAAAGAGGCACACACCAAUUGUAUAUCCCAAUCAGGCAAAUCUGAACAAAAAAUGAAUGAAAUAAAAAACGAAAAAAUUCAUAUUGAAGAUGAAGUCGCUAACAAUGAUAAAUCUAAUAAAGCAAUAACAGGUAUUAAAAUAUCCGUAGAGCCAUUCGAUACAAAAUUCUUAAAAAUAAAUGGUAUAAAAAAAAAAUCAGAUGAAUGUUUAAAAGAAACCGAAAAUAUGGAGAAAGAAAUAUCAACCUUAUCUAUAGAUACUCAAGAAACAAGACUAAAAGAAAACGGGGACAUAUUAAAUACCCUUGAGAAACUUUUAGAAUCUCUCAAAAAACAAAAAAAAAAUAUUGAAGACCAAAAAAAAGAAUUAGAUGGAGUUAAUUCCAAAAUUGAAAAUAUAGAAAGCAAUGUAAACCAGCAUAAAAAAGAUUACGAGAUUGGAAUUGUAGAAAAAAUAAAUGAAAUCGCCAAAGCAAAUAAAGACCAAAUUGAAUCAACAAAAGAAUUAAUAAUACCAACAAUAGAAAAGUUAAUAUCUCCUUUUAACACUAGUGAUUUAGAAGGUAUUGACACUAAUGCAAACCUGGGAACAUAUAAUACAGAAAUGGGUGUCAUAUAUAAUGAGUUUAUGAAAUCAUACAAUCGAAUAGCAGAUUAUUUAAAAACGGUUUCAAAAGAAUCCAUAACAUAUAAUCAAAUUAAAAGUAUACGAAUCACCGCACAAAGUGAACUCUUAAAAAAUAUAGAAAGCGAAAAGAAAUCUAAGUCCUACUUAAAUGAUGUAAAAAUAAAAGAAUUUGAUAGAAUAGUCACACAUUUUAAAAAAAAAUUAGAUAAUGUGAAUGCUAAAUUUACAAACGAACAUUCAAAAGUUAAAGAAGGGUUUGAUAAUAUUUCAAACUCUAUUAAUACUGUUAAAAAUUCAACUGAUGAAAAUUUAUUAUUAAAUAUACUAAACCAAACAAAACAGAUAUAUGCAAAUAUUGUCAGUAAAAAAUAUUAUAGUUAUAAAUAUGAGGCAGAAAACAUAUUUAUAAAUAUUCCGAAAUUAGCAAAUACUUUAAAUAUUCAAAUAAAAAACAGCUCAGGAAUAGAUUUAUUUAAAGACAUUAAAAUAGCUAUAUUAUCUUACUUGGACUCCCAAACAGAAGAUACUCUAACCUUUAUUCCAUCUCCACAAAAAACAUCAGAAACAUAUACAAAAAUAAGCGAUUCUUACAAUACUCUUCUUGAUAUAUUAAAAAGAAGUCAAGAAUUGCAGAAAAAAGAACAACAAGCAUUAAAUCUUAUAUUCGAAAACCGACUUUUACAUGACAAAGUCCAAGCAACCAACGAAUUAAAAGACACAUUAAGUGAUUUAAAAAAUAAAAAAGAACAAAUAUUAAAUAAAGUUAAACUACUAUUACAUAAAUCUAAUGAAUUAAACAAAUUAUCAUGCAACUCUCAAAAUUAUGAUACCAUUUUAGAAUCGUCAAAGUAUGAUAAAAUCAAAGAUAAAAGCAAUAAUUAUAAACAAGAAAAAGAACAACUAGGAAUAAAUUUUAAUGUAAAAGCUAUGGAAGAACAAUUUAAUAAUGAUAUUAAAGUUAUAGAAGAAUUAGAAAAUAAUUACAAACAUUCAGAGAAAAAUAAUUACAAUUUUUCAGAGGAAAAUAAUAAUAUUUUACAAUCUAAAAAAAAACUAAAAGAACUAACUAACAAAUUUAAUACUGAAAUAAAAAAAAAUGAGGAUAAAAUAAUAGAAAAAAAUGGUUUAAUUAAUAAAUUAAUAGAAAUUAGAAAGGACUGCAUGCUUUUUACACAUACAACAUUAGUCGAGACUCUUAAAAUCAAAAUAACUGAUUACUCGGGAUUCAUAACGUCUGCAACUAAAUUUUCAAAAGAAUUUUUAAAAUACAUUGGUGAUACUUCCAAUUCUUUAAAUGAUGACAUCUCCACAUUGCAACUAAAAUAUGAUUUACAUCAAAUAAACAAAUAUGUAACAAGUAAACUUUCAGAUGCAACUAAUGAUAAUAAUGAUUUAAUAGAAAAGGGAAAGGAAGCAACUCAGAUAAUCAACAAUUUGACCAAACUAUUUACAAUAGAUUCAAAUAAUAUCGAUGCCGAUACAUUACAUAAUAAUAAACUAAAAAUGGUUUAUUUCGAUUCUGAACUUCAUAAAUCAAUCGAAUCCAUAAAACAACUUUAUAAAAAAAUACAUGUCUUUAAAUUGUUAAAUAUAGAUCACAUCAAUAAAAAAUAUUUUGAUAUAUCCAAAGAAUUUGAUAAUAUUUUACAGCUGCAGGAAAAUGAAUUAACAGCAAAUUUAAAUGAUUUAAAGAAAAUUGGUCAAAAGAUUUCUGAUAAAAAAAAGCAAUUCCUUAAUGCACUAAGUGAAACUCCAAUUCCCAACUUCAAUACACUUAAAGAGAUAUAUCAUGAUAUUAUUAAGUAUAAAAGACAGAUAGAUGAAAUAGAAAAUAUUACUAACGAAGAAAACGAAAAUAUAAUCUUAUAUAUAGAAACAAUUAUCAAAUUAAAGGAAAAAGUCCAAAGCAUUUUAAAUUUUGUUACAACAUAUGAAAAUGAUAAUAAUAUAAUCAAACAACAUAUUCAAGAUACUAAUGAAAGUGAUGUAUCAAAAAUUAAAGAAUCUUUAGAAACCACAAUUCAAUCAUUUCAGGAAAUUCUAAAUAAAAUAAAUGGAAUCAAAGCUCAAUUUUAUGAUAAUAACAAUAUAAAUAAUGUUAUAUCUACCAUAUCACAAGAUGUAAUUGAUGUUAAAAAACAUAUUUCUAAAGAUUUAACUAUAGAAAACGAACUUAUCGAAAUACAAAAGAGUUUAGAAGAUAUUAAAAAAUCUACUUAUGAGAUCAGAAGCGAACAAAUAACCAAAUAUGUCAAUACUAUACAUGAUUAUGUUGAGCAACAAACUAAAAAAAUUCAAAAUAAUCCAAAUAAAGACGAAAUAGACGAUCUAAUACAAAAAAUCGUCAAUUAUAACAAAGAAUCAGAAACAAAAUUACCCACCAUUACAGGUAAUAAAAAUAAUGUUACAUCAAUAAUCUCUCGUAUUAACAAAGUGAUUAAUUUAAUCAAAUUAGAAUAUAAUAACAAUGAUAAUGUAUCAUAUAAUGUUGCCAAAAAACUUGAAGAAGAUGCAAAUAGCAUAAUUCUUGAUUUAGACAAGAGUCAAAACAUGCUUAAAGAUUUAAUACAGCAAAAUUUAAAAAUUAUAGACGAUUUAAAAAAUAAAAAACAGGAGAUAGAAAAUAGUAAUAAUUUACAUACUAUUAAUAGGGAACAAGAAAUAACGCAAACAGAACAUGUUAACAAUACAUAUCACCAUGAUAUUAAUGACAUUAAUGAUAUUAAUGAAACAAACGAUAUAAAUCAAAAUCACCAAUACUCAAGCUCAGAUAAAAAAGAGUAUUCCAAAACAAGAAAUACAGGAGAUUCGAUUAGAUAUGCCGGAGCAAUUGCAUUUGCCUUAGUAGGAUGUUAUAUAAUUAUAAGAAUAAAAGAAAAAAGGGAUAAAGAUGAAAUGGAAUUCGAUAAAUCUAAAGGUUUUUAUGAUGACGGUGAAAGUACGCUUUUUGAAAGAGAAGAUGAAGUUAUAGAAAUAGAUAUGAACGAGGAUUUAUCAUUUAAUUAA